AUGGACUCUUUUUCACUUGCACUGCUCAUCCUUCUCACCGGAACUUUGUUUUGCUACUGGUGCUUCACUCAUCUCCGCCACAACAAACUACCACCUGGUCCCAUGCCUUUACCAAUCAUCGGAAGCCUCCAUUUAUUAGGGAACCUCCCCCACCGUGCCCUUCAUAAGCUAUCCCAAAAGUACGGGCCCAUCAUGUCCAUCCGCCUCGGCUGCGUUCCGUUUGUCAUAGUCUCUUCACCGGAUGCCGCCAAACUCUUCCUUGGAACCCAUGAUGCUGUGUUCGCUUCUCGACCCGAAAUCCAAGCCUCCAAGUACCUGUCCUAUGGCUCUAGAGGAAUGACUUUUGCGGAAUAUGGACCAUAUUGGCGGAGUGUAAGGAAGUUUUGUGCGGCAGAGCUGCUGAGUGCCACCAAGAUCAACAGUUUUCUUGGUAUGAGAAGGGAGGAGAUUGGGCUGAUGUUGGCGGAGAUUAGGGCGGCAUCAACGGUACAUAAGGUGGUCAACGUGAAUGAAACCGUAGGUGGGUUGAUUGAAGCGAUGACUUGUAGGAUGCUUUUUGGAAAGAAAAACGAUGAGAGGUUUGUUUUCAAGACCCUAAUUGAUGACAGCAUGGAAGCAACAGGUACCUUCAAUUUGACAGACUAUGUGCCAGUAUUUGCUUGGUUUGAUCUUCAGGGUUUGACUAAACGCUUUAAGUCGUUAAGCAAGGACAUCGAUGAAAUGUUCGAGAUAAUGAUCAAGGAGCAUGAAGAACGCAGUUCUACCUGCUCUCAGAGACCGGAUCAAAUGGACUUCAUUGAUGUAUUGCUGUCACUAAAUCAUCAUAACUCAAACACCCAUGACGAGUUAUCCUCUACCAUUGACAGAUCAAGUAUGAAAGCCAUUUUACUAGAUAUGGUAGCCGGUUCCAUUGACACUGCCAAAACGUCUAUCGAAUGGAUAAUGUCUGCUCUUAUUAGACACCCUAGAGUGAUGAAGAAACUCCAAAAGGAGUUGAACAUGAUCGUUGGAGAUACAAAAAUGGUGGAGGAGACGGAUUUGACAAAAUUAUGUUACUUACAUAUGGUAAUUAAGGAAACUCUUCGUCUAUAUCCGGUUGGUCCAUUAAUGGUUCCCCAUGAAUCAAUAGAGGAUACACUGAUUAACGGUUACAACAUACCAAAAAAGACACGAGUUCUAGUGAACGUUUGGGCAUUUGGGCGAGACCCAAAAGUUUGGUCUGAGAAUUGGGCAGAGUUUCUUCCUGAGAGGUUUCUGGGUAGAGAAACCGACUUUCGUGGAUCAGAUUUUCAGCUUAUACCAUUUGGAGCUGGAAGAAGAGGGUGUCCUGGAAUGAAUUUGGGAUUAUUGAACAUUGGCUUGGUAGUUUCCAAUAUGGUCCACGGCUUUGAUUGGGUGCUUCCCAAUGGCAUGUCACCAAAUGACUUGGAUAUGAAAGAAAAAUUUGGAUUAACUACCCCUAGGGAAAAGCCCUUACUAGCCAUUCCAAUAAACCGCAAAUAA